AAUAGCAAUUUUGCAGACGAACAGUCCUGUAUGUCACGCGCUUCUGGUUCAUGGUGAGAUGAAUUGUCUCGCUUUUACGACGAUUGGCGCCAUGAUUGUUGAGUAGCUCCGUAACAGAGACCUUUGGGACAGCCCGAGUGUAGCGAGCGGUACAUCAGGCGACUGCUUUUGCAGGAAACAGGAAGCAAGUUUUUCUGUUGAUGGAAUCUAAGAAACUUCUAGAAGAAGACAUGUCGACACCAAAGUACGAGUCCAUGAACGGGGGUUUCCCGGACGAUGAUGAUGAACUCCUGGACAUCGCCACGGAGAUCGCGCCGGAGACGGCCAGCACAACGAGCGCCGGGAGUAACCAGCCGUUUCUAGCAUGGUUCCGACGUACACGUCUUGACGCUUCAGGAAUGUCGCAGGACGAUAUCAGUCUCCAGCCUUUUCUCAACUCAUGUGAGUCAUCUACCAACAUCCUUGACUCUAGCGAGGAAACCAUGCUGGAAUUCGGGCAGUACGACGACUUCCACACGAUAGACUGGGUGCGGGACAUCUCGCGGGACCGUCUCCGACACAAACAGAUCUCCAGGAAGAGUAAAGAGUCAUGCUGGGACCUGAUCAAAGGGACCCACGAUGCCUGGUCAGGCUGGCUGUGUGUGCUGCUCGUGGGGAUGGCAGCAGGUCUGUUUGCAGGUAUAGUCGACAUCGGAGCCAGCUGGAUGUCUGACCUGAAGGAGGGCAUCUGUCCCGAGGCUUUCUGGCUGAACAAGGAGCAGUGCUGCUGGGGGAGUAACGACACCACCUUCGACGACCGGAGCUGCUCGCAGUGGCUGACCUGGUCCCAGCUGUUCGGCAUCCACACGGAGAACGCCGGCACCUACAUCCUGGACUACAUCAUCUACGUGUUGUGGGCCAUGUCCUUCUCCGUCAUCGCCGUGUUCCUGGUCAGAACGCUGGCGCCGUACGCAUGCGGGUCGGGGAUACCGGAGAUCAAGACCAUCCUGUCUGGUUUCAUCAUCCGAGGUUACCUGGGGAAGUGGACAUUGAUCAUCAAGUCUGUGACCAUGAUGUUGGCGGUGUCGGCCGGCCUGAGUCUGGGGAAGGAGGGACCGCUGGUCCACGUGGCCUGCUGCAUCGGAAACUUCUUCUCCUACCUGUUCCCCAAGUACGGCAGGAACGAGGCCAAGAAAAGAGAGAUCCUGUCAGCAGCCUCAGCAGCAGGUGUGUCGGUGGCGUUUGGUGCACCCAUAGGGGGAGUUCUCUUCAGUCUGGAAGAGGUGAGCUACUACUUCCCGUUGAAGACCAUGUGGCGAUCGUUCUUCUGUGCCCUGGUGGCCGCCUUCAUCCUGCGCUCCAUCAACCCGUUCGGUAACAGCCACCUGGUCAAGUUCUACGUGGAGUACAACACUCCCUGGUUCUUCUUCGAACUCCUGCCAUUCAUAUUACUGGGAGUCUUUGGGGGUCUGUAUGGAGCAUUCUUCAACAAGUUCAACCUGAAGUGGUGCAGGUUCAGGAAGAAGACCAGAAUGGGACUGUUUCCUAUUGCUGAGGUGAUGAUUGUCACAUUUGUCACAGCCUUGCUGGCUUUCCCCAACCCUUACACAAGAGAAAACACCAGCAUUCUGAUUCAGAGAUUAUUCAAGGACUGUGGACCUGUGGAUGACUCUGACCUGUGUGACUACAACGCCACGUACGCGCCGAACCUGAACAACCGGAGAAACCCGUACGGCGAGGCGGGGACGGGCGUACAGAACGCCAUGUGGCAGCUGUUCCUGGCACUCAUACUGAAGGGCAUCCUCACCAUCUUUACAUUCGGCAUGAAGGUACCAGCUGGUCUGUUCAUCCCAUCCAUGGCAGUGGGGGCCAUCGCGGGCAGACUGAUCGGGACAGGAGUGGAACAGCUGGCCUUCAACUUCCCUGAUUGGAUACUGUUUGACGAGGCGUGUGCGGGCGGACAGAGGUGCGUCACGCCGGGUUUGUACGCCAUGGUCGGCGCUGCGGCGGCUCUGGGAGGGGUGACCAGGAUGACAGUGUCUCUGGUGGUGAUCAUGUUUGAGCUGACAGGAGGUCUACAGUACAUCAUACCCAUCAUGGCUGCCGUCAUGACCAGUAAAUGGGUGGGAGACGCGUUCGGCAAGGAGGGCAUCUACGAUGCCCACAUCCACUUGAAUGGUUACCCGUUCCUGGAUGCAAAAGAGGAAUUCAAACACACAACAAUAGCUGCUGACAUCAUGAGACCAAGGAGAGGUGACCCUCCACUGGUUGUCAUUGAACAGGACAACAUGACUGUGGAAGAGUUAGAAACGUUGCUUCAGGAGGAAGACUACAACGGCUUUCCUGUGGUGGUUUCCAAGGAGACACAGCUUCUGGUCGGGUUUGUGCUGAGAAGAGACCUCAGCCAUGCCCUUGACGAGGCAAGAAAAGCACAAGACGGUGUUGUCAGCAACUCCAGGGUCUACUUUACCACUCAUGUACCGGGACCGCUGGAUGUGGGGCCAAAACCACUCAAACUCAAGAAAAUGUUAGACCAAAGUCCGUUCACCAUCACUGACCAGACCCCCAUGGAAGUGGUGAUUGACAUGUUCCGUAAACUGGGCCUGAGACAGUGCCUGGUCACGCACAAGGGUCGGCUACUGGGGAUCAUCACAAAGAAGGAUAUCCUAAGACACAUAGCCACACUGGCCAAUCAGGAUCCAGAUUCCAUCCAGUUCCUUUAAUGGAACAUAUGGAAGAGUCCAGCCCAUUGGAUAGACGAGCAAUAGAACAGCUGUCCUGAUUGGUUCAGCGUUUGACAAUGAAUCAAUGUGAAGAUAUUCUGAGGAAAUUUAAAGGAUGUUUAUUUCCAUAUAAAGGUAAAUUCCUCAGGUGACCACAUCUCAGUUCUAGUGGCCAUUAUUCUUCAACUAUAAAUUGAAGGAACUCUGAAAAUAUUCAAUUACAAAAGUUUAACAGAAAUGUAAUGUAAAAAGUAAUAUAAUUGUGGAAUUGUUGUGGAUAUUUCUAUGAUGUGCUUUCAAUGGAAAGUGAAAGGUACCAUCCUUUUGAGGAUGACUAAUAUUUGUGAUUUUUCAGUCUUCAGUUAAACUAGAUUUUAAUGUAUGAUACAAGAGCUUUCACUGCUCCUUGAUUCAGUCUAAAGCAUAAACUGCUACAAGACAAUGAACACACCAGUCACAAGUUUAGAUGGUUGUGUUACUUGUGUAGCAUACUAGUAUACAACUUGGCAAUCAGUGUUUGUAAUGUAGUCUGUCAAUUGAAAGUAUUUUGAUACUAGUAGUAUAGUCUAAACCAGGAACUGUAGUGAGUUACUUUGUCAAACAAAAGUAGAACUUCUGGCAACUAGUCAAAUAAGUUUUGUAGUUAUGGUAUUCUGUGUUAAAUUGUUAUGUAUAUCAUAAGGUGUUUUUCAUUUGUAGGACCAAAUUUGUACAGUUCAACUCUGCAUGACUCUGCUAUGAUGGAACUUUAAGCCAUUCCAACUAUCUGUUGGUUCAUUUUAUAGCCUUUUAUCCAUAGAAUUCCAUACACAACAGACCUUUAAAUCUGGAAUGGAACAAUUCAAGAUCAUACAUGUGAUGGUGUGAAAGAAUUGAUUUUUGGAAAUGAUGUUGUAUUUGUAUGUACCACUAUAACCAGAUGUAGAGAUUAUAUAUGUUCCAUAAAUGUUAGUAUUUACUUUUUUUUGGGGGGGGGGGCAAUAUUAAUCUGAUAGUUGUAGUUGUAGUCUGUAACUAUGCUAUAGUAAUUACACUGUAUAUGUAAGUAAAAAAAUAGAUAUAUGAAUUACACAAUUAUGACAGCUGGACUGGUGAGUGGAAUUUCUGGCACUUUGCAAAUAAGAUGAUUUCACUAACUUUGCAUACUGUCAAUUAACUUAAUAUAUAUGUCAUGUAUAUGUAUGAUACAGAGAAAUAGGCUAUGGAGUCAUAGAUACGUUUGAAGUUGUAUCCUUGGAAAUGUAUUACAGAUGUGAUUAUUUUAUCUACAAAUAGUAGAGGGAACAUGCUUUGGUAUACUAGUACUAGGUCCAGACGUAGAAGAAAAUGGUGAAUUCUUUUGGUUUUUAGUAAGAGUGGUAUUGGUAACAGCUGGAUUUCAUGGUAGUGUUGCUGCGUUUGUGUAUUUCAAAGAUAUAACUUUGGGUUUCAAUGUGGAGAAACGUAGUCCUGACGGUUUGGUAUAUUUUUGUAUGGUAUUUAUUCAGGUUUUUGUCAUUUUUGGAAAGAGCAAAGUGUGCUGUAUAGAUAAUGUACUGUAAUAUGCUUGUUGGUAGGGGCUUAGGAACCUUGCUUUCGUGUUCUUACAUUUACAUCAAAUAAGGGUGCCAAAUAAAGUAGGCAGCAAGAACUUGGUUUUCACAUCUACAGCUGAAAGUUGGGAAUUCAAAACAAGACCCCAAAAACUCUGCUCUAAAUGAAUAAAGAACUAUGUAUACUUGCUGGCAGACAUACCUCCUUUGCCUAUGCUAAACCUUCAUAGAAAUUGUGAUACUGGGAACUCUUACAUUGUAUUGCGAUAAGCAGACAUGAAAUGGGAAAGACUACAUUUAGCAAGAAACACCUUUACUUGUUCCCGAUGAGAUGAAAAAUUGCCAAAAUGGAUUGUUUACAUAUACUGUAUUGAUCCUCCUUUGAGAAAGUGUUUCUGGCCAAUGAGGUUACUGGUGGCUCUUGCAUUUACUGAUUGACUCUCCCAUAGUACUGUAUGUCACAUUUGUCUACUUGCAAAUGCACAUCAUCACCUUUCUCUUUUUAUGGUGUUAUUGCUCUCUGCAUAGAGAUAUGCAGAAAUAUAAAAGCUUGUAUGUAUGGAGGAAGGUCUUGCUGAAAGAUGGUUGCCUAAAAUCUGAAGGAAAAUCUGCCAAAUCUGCAUUACCGGUAUAUGUGUAUAGGAAUUGUAUAUCAGUAUUGUACAAGUAGAUUAUCAUAUGGAAUCUAUUAAAAAAAUCCUUUAAAAUAGAUAUGGAAUUCUUGGAAUAAUAAAACUUUUGCUGUCCUGUCAAGAAA